AUGGAGCAGUUAAACUCGAAUGGUCGAAAGAAAUUGGAGCAAGUUGCUAUAUUUAAACGAUUUGCUUCGACAAUAGAUGAUACACAGGAUGACAAGACAGCCAGUAUUCUUUCUUUCCUAAAGUCCUCUCACGGUGACAAUGGGAUUGGUGCAAGGACUACUGUAGAACGCACUGGGCAUAAAAGUACCGGAGAAAUGGUGUUGAUGUAUGAUGAUUUUGUUCGUCUUAUAUCUAAUUCACAGCAGUUUUAUUCGAAAUUCAGCGGGCAUACAUUCAAUCUGAACCAAGUACCAGCUAACACAUUUGGUUGUAUAUUCUUUGCAAUGGAUGAGAAUAAUAAGGGUUAUUUAACAAUAAGCGAUUGGUUUCAACUAAACAACAUACUGGAGCAUGAAAAUUACCAUCUAAUAAUACUGUAUGAGUUCUUCAGAAAGUUUGACGUGGAGAAGACUAAUGCCCAAUUGAGAAAGUCAGUCUUUGGGGGGAGCAAAUACAGAAAGCAGAAUACACUUCACCACUCUCCCGACUCUGGCUAUGGAGAAAGACUGCCAUUCAAUACAAAGUCCAUUAAUUAUGCAAAUAAGUUCUUGAGUUUUGAUGAGCUUCUCCUCAAUUUGGAUCAAUUUAAAGAAACAAUAUCCUUAUUACAGAACUGCAUUAAAAAUGACGAUUUUGUACAGAAGAAUGACCUAAUUCUUCAUUGGGACAAGUUUGAUUUUUUGAAGUUAUACCAAUGCUUCCAUUAUGGAAAGCCAUAUUUGACUCUUAACUCAUUAGUGACAAUACUACAGAAUGAUUUAAAGUAUGAAAAAAUGAUUACAGGGUUCAGACAUUUAGCCCAAUUUGAUGCAUCCAGACACAGAUUAUCUUUGAAUAAAAAUCAACUAGUCUACUUGUUGAAAUUAUUCUACUCCCAUAAAGUUUCUGCAGAUAUAUUUGAGUCUCUGAAUCUUUCUAACACAAAACUAAUCAAAUCGGAUAAUAACUCAAUUGCAUUUAAUGUCUACAGAGACAUUUUCUAUUUAUUUCAAAAUUUUGAUUUACUAAAUCAAGUUUUUUUAAAAUAUGCUGAAGAUAAUAACAUGAGUGACCGUGAUAUUAGAGAGCAAGUAAUCACCAAGAAAAACCUAAUGGAUUUUUUAAACAAGCAGUAUAAUAAGGUCACCAAUAUAAGUGAAUUCUCGCCAUCUCAAAUAAAUCUAUUAUUCUCUAUUGUUGCUAAUUCAAAAGAAUAUAAUAGACAUCGUACGCGCUUAAUCCAAAAUUCACAGGAAUUGAACCAUGAAGAUUCAGAAAUUAAUCAUUUUAUUCAUAAUGAAUUUAUGCACGGGGGGAGAAAUAAGAAGGAAGAGUUAGAAACAUUCAAUGAUAACUAUAAGGAUAUCGCUAAUGGUUUUGCUCAAGACUCGAAUAUUAAAAGUAUUUCUAAAACAAGCACAGGUUGGUUUGAACGAGUGUUUGGUGGACGGAGUGACAUUGCAACUAUGCGUUCAGAUCUUACAGUUCAGGACUUUUUGAAGAUUUUGAACCCAAACUAUUUGAAUGAUGUUGUUCAUAGAUUGGAACUUCGCCAUAUUGAAGAGGAGUCUCUUUACACCAACUAUUAUUUCUACCCAAUAUUUGAUUCGCUGUAUAACUUCUCACUAGGCUCUGUUGCAGGAUGUAUUGGAGCUACUAUUGUUUAUCCAAUUGAUUUUGUUAAAACAAGGAUGCAAGCCCAAAGAUCUCUAUCGCAAUACAAGAACUCCAUUGAUUGUUUCUUGAAGAUACUGUCAAGAGAAGGUAUAAGAGGUGUUUAUUCGGGAUUGGGACCUCAGCUGAUAGGAGUUGCACCUGAAAAGGCGAUCAAACUGACUGUAAAUGAUUAUAUGCGUAAUAAACUGAAAGACAAGAACGGUAAACUUGGUCUACUGUCAGAAAUUAUUUCUGGUGCUUCUGCUGGUGCUUGCCAAGUGAUAUUUACUAACCCGCUUGAGAUUGUUAAGAUUAGAUUACAAGUCAAAGGUGAAUAUGUGGCCGAAAACGCGGAGAAUGCAAAAUUGACUGCAUUGCAAAUUAUCAAAAGACUGGGCUUGCCAGGUUUAUACAAAGGAGCUGCCGCUUGUUUGUUGAGAGAUGUUCCAUUUUCGGCGAUAUAUUUCCCAACCUAUGCCCAUCUAAAAAGGGAUCUGUUCAAUUUUGAUCCUAAUGACAAAAAUAAAAGAUCGCGUCUAAACACCUGGGAACUUCUUUCUGCAGGUGCUUUAGCCGGCAUGCCAGCUGCGUAUCUGACAACACCAUUCGACGUGAUCAAGACACGUUUACAAAUUGAUCCAAAGAAAGGUGAGACUAUAUACAAGGGUAUUAUUCAUGCAGCGCGUACUAUUUUGAGGGAAGAAAGUUUUAAGAGCUUUUUUAAAGGUGGUGCUGCCAGAGUGCUAAGAAGUUCACCACAGUUUGGGUUUACUUUAGCUGCGUAUGAGCUGUUCCACAAUAUAUUCCCAUUACCAAAUGACAAGGACAAAUUUGUUAUAUCAGAAGAUGAUAGAAGAGCUAAGAUUCUCAACAAUAACGCUCGUGGACCGAAUAUUGAUAAGAGAGAGUUGACCAGAAUAGUAGAAAAUCCGUACAGUGACAGCUACCUCAAUUACUACUAUAAGAGCUGUCAAGUUGCGAAGACAUUCAUAGAACUAGACAACAAUUUUGCUAAGUUUGACUAUGGUACAUACUUGAAAUUUCACGAGCAUUUGAGAGCUAUAUCGAGAGGUGAAGACCCUUGA